AUGACUGUGUCGCCUGCAGACCGCUGUGUUGUAGCUGCGUUCGGCCCUGAGCAGUUCUCGCUUGCGGUCGCCUUUGAUCUCAAUUCCGAAAAGAACGGAGGCGAAACUAUUGAUGUCUUUAACUAUUUCGACUAUCUAGAGGUUGAGGACAUAGCCGCAGAGCAAGAGGACUGUGAGGAGAAAAAGAUUUCUUCAAACCAUAUUCUUAAAUUUUCAGAGGAAUCUCUUUCCACUGUCAAAACGCUAGAGCCACCAGAAACGUCAAACUCUUCCCAAGCUUGA